CCAUUACAGAGACCCCAGCUCCAGGACUAGAUCGAGCGGAGGAGGACAGCGGCCGGCGGCCGGGUACUUCUGGGAGAACUCGCGGGUUCGCGCUAGCGCCGAGCAGCCGCCAGUAGCCACACAAGUACCCCGGGAACCGGCGGCGGCGUGUGCGUGUGGCCCGUGUGCGGGCGGCGGCGCGGGAGUAGCGCGGAGCGGCAGCCGGUUCGGGCGGGUGGCAUCAUGGACGAGAAGGUGUUCACCAAGGAGCUGGACCAGUGGAUCGAGCAGCUGAAUGAGUGCAAGCAGCUGUCCGAGUCCCAGGUCAAGAGCCUCUGCGAGAAGGCUAAAGAAAUCCUGACAAAAGAAUCCAACGUGCAAGAGGUUCGAUGUCCAGUCACCGUCUGUGGAGAUGUGCAUGGGCAAUUUCAUGAUCUUAUGGAACUGUUUAGAAUUGGUGGCAAAUCACCAGAUACAAACUACUUGUUUAUGGGAGAUUAUGUUGACAGAGGAUAUUACUCAGUUGAAACCGUUACUCUGCUUGUAGCUCUUAAGGUUCGUUACCGUGAGCGCAUCACCAUUCUUCGAGGAAAUCAUGAGAGCAGACAGAUCACACAAGUAUAUGGUUUCUAUGAUGAGUGUUUAAGGAAAUACGGAAAUGCAAAUGUUUGGAAAUAUUUCACAGAUCUUUUUGACUAUCUUCCUCUUACAGCCUUGGUGGAUGGGCAGAUAUUCUGUCUACAUGGCGGCCUGUCACCAUCCAUAGAUACACUGGAUCACAUCAGAGCACUUGAUCGCCUACAAGAAGUUCCUCAUGAGGGUCCAAUGUGUGACUUGCUGUGGUCAGAUCCAGAUGAUCGUGGUGGUUGGGGUAUAUCUCCUCGAGGAGCUGGUUACACCUUUGGGCAAGACAUUUCUGAAACAUUUAAUCAUGCCAAUGGCCUCACAUUGGUGUCCAGAGCUCACCAGCUGGUGAUGGAGGGGUAUAACUGGUGCCAUGACCGGAAUGUAGUAACAAUUUUCAGUGCUCCAAACUAUUGUUAUCGUUGUGGUAAUCAAGCUGCAAUCAUGGAACUUGAUGAUACUCUAAAAUACUCUUUCUUGCAGUUUGACCCAGCACCUCGCAGAGGCGAGCCACAUGUUACUCGUCGUACCCCAGACUACUUCCUGUAAUGAAAUUUUAAACUUGUACAGUAUUGCCAUGAACCAUAUAUUGACCUAAUGGAAAUGGGAAGAGCAACAGUAACUCCAAAGUGUCAGAGAAUAGUUAACAUUCAAAAAACUUGUUUUCACACGGACCAAAAGAUGUGCCAUAUAAAAAUACAGAGCCUCUUGUCAUCAACAGCCGUGACCACUUUAGAAUGAACCAGUUCAUUGCAUGCUGAAGCGACAUUGUUGGUCAAGAAACCAGUUUCUGGCAUAGCGCUAUUUGUAGUUACUUUUGCUUUCUCUGAGAGACUGCAGAUAAUAAGAUGUAAACAUUAACACCUCGUGAAUACAAUUUAACUUCCAUUUAGCUAUAGCUUUACUCAGCAUGACUGUAGAUAAGGAUAGCAACAAACAAUCAUUGGAGCUUAAUGAACAUUUUUAAAAUAAGUACCAAGGCCUCCCCUCUACUUGUGAGUUUUGAAAUCGUUUUGUUUAUUUUCAGGGAUACCGUUUAAUUUAAUUGUAUGAUUUGUCUGCACUCAGUUUCUUUCCCUUCUCAAAUCUCAGCCUCAUGUCGUUCUUUGUUAUUGUCAGAACCUGGUGAGUUGUUUUGAACAGAACUGUUUUCCCCCCCUCCUAUAAGACGAUGUUACUGCACAAGAGCACUGCAGUGUUUUUCAUAAUAAACUUGUGAACUAAGAACUGAGAAA